UCAUGCUGCUGCUCUGACUUGCCUACGGUUUUAGUUCAGCCAAUGUUAGCUCGUCCUUCUCAGGCGGCAGUCAUCAUGGCUGAUAUUCCGUCCGUCAUAAGCAUUUAGAUAUUCUAAGCUGAAUCUGUCAUCCGCUGUAGAUGUAGAUCUUAUGCUAUCAGAUUCCGUCAAAGCUUGACCAGCUCGUUUACUAGCCCCCGUCCGCCGUCAUGUCGUCUGACGAAAGCCGUCUGCGCGAGGCCGUCACGGCGAUUCUAGAAGCCGGCGACCUGCAAGAGUUGACGGAAAAGAAAGUCCGUCAGUUAGCGCGCGAACGGACGGGGAUUGACACGUCAGCAGAGGACAACAAGAAACUGAUUCAUAAGAUAGUUAAAGCCUUUGUAGAGGAGGAGGCGGAGGAUCCUAUUGGAAAAAAACGGAAGAAGCGGCGAAAGGGGUCAGAUGAGGAAGGCGGGAGUGAAAAGGAGGAGGAGGAGGACGAGGAGGAAGAGGAGGGGAGGAGGGGGAAGUCAAGUAAAGGGGGGAAGAAGUGGAAAGUGGGAGACAAUGGGGAGCUUGUUAUCUGUGAGCUCUCUGCAAAGCGGAAGGUUACAGUGAGUGAGUUCAAGGGGCGGUUGUUGGUGUCGAUACGCGAGUACUGGAGUAAAGACGGCAAGGAGCUGCCCUCCUCUAAAGGCAUCAGUCUUCCUCCUGAUCAGUGGGAGAAGCUGGUGAAGCACAUCGAUGUUGUACAGGAGGCCAUCCAGCAUAUGUCAUAGAUACACUCUGCAUGGAGCAACGCAACUUAACUUGAUAUGGCCUUUCGUACAUUAACACAGUAGGGGCGUUGCAACACUUGUCAGCUUGCGUAACGUGAUACUAAUGGUUGCUGUUCAAAUUCCCUUUCUCAUGGUCCAGCCUCAUGAACUUAAAGAAAGCUGGUUACCCUAU